UGCGCGUGGAGCGUUAAACCACGCCCAUCGGCAGAGUCGAUGACGUCACUCGAUUGGACAGCGAUGGGGACUCGAGCGAGCGCUGCUGUUCCUCACCAGAAAAUGAGCAACCUUCCCUUCUCUCGGUCUGAGGUGUUUGGGGAGCUGAGGAAGGAGCUGCAUGAAGAUGAAGCGUUCGAUCAGUCGGCGCACAUCUUCAUCAUCAUGGGAGCAUCGGGGGAUCUGGCUAAGAAGAAAAUCUACCCAACUCUAUGGUGGCUGUACAGAGACGGCCUCCUCCCUGAGCAGACGUAUUUUGUGGGCUUUGCUCGCUCUGACCUGACAGUCGAUGCCAUUCGGACUUCUUGCAUACCAUACCUGAAGGCGACGGAUAAAGAUGCAGAGCGGUUGUCGGCCUUCUUCAAGAGGAACACGUACAUCAGUGGGAAAUAUGCAGAUGAGAGUUCCUUCUCCAAACUCGACGCGCACAUCAGGUCUCUUCCCGGAGGAACCGAGGCAAACCGUCUCUUUCUACCUGGCGCUGCGCCGCCCACCGUCUACCACGACGUUACCAAGAACAUCAAGCAGUGCUGCAUGGGCACCAAAGGCUGGACCAGGGUGAUUGUAGAGAAGCCGUUUGGACACGACCUUCAGAGCUCCGAGGAGCUGUCCACUCACCUCUCCUCGCUCUUCACUGAAGACCAAAUCUACCGUAUAGAUCACUAUCUGGGCAAAGAAAUGGUGCAGAACCUCAUGGUGCUCAGGUUUGGGAACCGAAUCUUCGGGCCGAUCUGGAACCGGGACAGUGUGGCCUCUGUUGUUCUCUCCUUUAAAGAACCGUUUGGGACUCAGGGACGAGGAGGCUACUUUGAUGAUUUUGGCAUCAUCCGCGAUGUCAUGCAGAACCACUUGCUCCAGAUGCUCUGCCUUGUUGCCAUGGAGAAACCGGCUUCCACCAGCUCCGAUGAUGUCAGGGAUGAAAAGGUGAAGGUGCUGAAGUGCAUCGCUCCGCUGUCCAUGUCUGAUGUGGUGCUGGGUCAGUAUGUGGGGGAUCCAGAGGGGGAGGGAGACGCCAAACUGGGUUAUCUUGAUGAUCCAACAGUUCCUAAAGGAUCAACUCAGGCCACCUUCACCAUGGCUGUACUUUAUGUGCACAACGAACGCUGGGAUGGUGUUCCUUUCAUCCUUCGUUGUGGAAAAGCUCUGAAUGAGAGGAAAGCUGAGGUGCGGCUGCAGUUCACAGAUGUCCCGGGGGACAUUUUUGGAAAUCAGUGUCGCAGGAAUGAGCUUGUGGUGCGCGUGCAGCCCAACGAGGCCGUCUACGCCAAGAUGAUGAGCAAGAAGCCCGGCGUGUACUUUAGCCCUGAGGAAACGGAGCUGGACCUCACCUACAAGAGUAGAUACAAGGAUGUGAAGCUUCCAGACGCUUACGAACGUCUCAUCCUGGACGUCUUCUGUGGGAGUCAGAUGCACUUUGUGCGCAGUGAUGAACUAAGGGAAGCAUGGAGGAUCUUCACACCACUUCUUCAUCACAUAGACCGAGAGAAGCCCAAACCUAUUCCUUACAAAUAUGGAAGUCGGGGCCCAACAGAAGCAGACGACCUGGCAAAGAAAGUUGGAUUUCGCUACGAAGGCACUUACAAAUGGGUCAACCCUCACAGACUGUGAAUUGUGAUGAGGGAGGAGUAGAGGUAGGAUAGUAGGAGAGGGGGGUGGGGGUAAGUGAGCAGUGUCUUUUGAGGAAGGUGGCGUUUCCACUAUGUGGAUCCAUCGCUGUAUCAGAAACAAGCAAUUAUUUCUCAGGUAUGGCAAUUAUUCCUUGGAACCAGUUCAUCAGACAUUAAAAAGAUAAUUAUCCAUUUAUGCUGUCAUCAUGCGCUAAUACUGCAGUUCUUGUGUUUUUUCUUCACACAUUCACAGCGACUGUCCGUGUUAUAUUUGAGAGGUGGUACUAAGUCAGUUGGACAGAGAACAAAAAUAACAUGUCUGAUGAACUUGCUCCAUGUCUGAAUGGUAAAUGGAAUGACUGAAUAACAAUAGAGACAACAAAACGCGGCUGAAUCGCGCUCCCUCGUUGUACCAAAGAUGGUAACAGCAGAGACGAGGAAUGAUUGUUCACCAGCUGUCACUCUUAAUAACCGUUGUGAUUGUAAUGCCAUUAUGCUUUGACUGCAGUUAUUAAUCGCACUCGGUGGAAUUUAUUUGUACAACUCUUUCUGCCUCCUUUUUAGUGACUGUGUGGUUUAUAAAGGGCAUCUUUCUCUUCGAAGCAUUCAUACUGGAAUAGUCUUAAGUGUCCUUAUGGACAAACAAGCUCUCGUAGCCGCCUUCUGAGCUUCAUUCCCUUUUUUUUUUUUGUUUACAUGUUCUUUAGGUUUAUUUAAACUCAUUCCAGAUUUCUGCACAGGUCAACGGUGAAUGUCUGUAAUGUGCUGAAAACUCACGUGUAAAGCUCGCUACAUUUCCACAACUUGUCAUAAAUAAACCAGCUUUGCUUCUCCGUU